AGAAUAACUAGUCUUUCUGCUUCAUUCAGUCAACAUCAACAGGACAGCAUGUCAUUUUGGAUCUUCAGUUGCCUCUUAUUUCAUAUUUCUGCGUUGGAUGUAUGGGGUAAACCUGGUCUUGUUUGGCUUAAUAUUUGGACUUGUUAUAAUUCCAGAGAUGUUAAUGGGAGCAUCAUAUGGAAGUAUACCAAGAAAAAUUGUGCCCAAGGCUGAACAACCAACUGCAAUGGAUUUUUCUGUUCUUUGGGAUUUUGAGGGCUACAUAAAGUAUUCUGCUCUUUUCUAUGGCUAUUACAAUAACCAAAGGACAAUUGGUUGGCUGAAGUACAGGCUACCAAUGGCAUAUUUCAUGGUUGGUGUUGUUGGCGUAUAUGGAUACAGUCUAAUGGUUGUAAUAAGAUCGAUGGCACGGAACGCCCAUGAGGACACAGGUGAUGGAGAUGAUGAGAAUUUCAUUUUUAGCUGGAAAAUGUUCACUAGUUGGGAUUAUCUCAUAGGCAACCCAGAGACAGCAGACAACAAGUUUGCAUCCAUCACAACCAGCUUCAAGGAAUCGAUUGUGGAUGAGCAAGAAAGCAACAAAGAAGAGAACAUCCAUCUGAGGAGGUUUCUGAGGGUUCUGGCCAACGUACUGAUCACCUGUUGCUUAUGUGGCAGCGGCUACCUCAUUUAUUUUGUUGUUAAGCGGUCCCAGAUGUUUUCAAAAAUGCAAAACAUUGGCUGGUAUGAAAGAAAUGAGGUUGAAAUUGUGAUGUCCUUGCUUGGAAUGUUUUGCCCACCACUGUUUGAAACCAUUGCAGCUUUAGAAGAUUACCAUCCUCGCAUUGGGCUGAAAUGGCAACUGGGGAGGAUCUUUGCACUCUUCCUUGGGAACCUGUAUACUUUCUUGUUGGCCUUAAUGGAUGAUGUCAAAGAAAAGCUUGCUGAAGAAGGAGUAAUCAGGAACAUGACACAUUGGACCAUCCUAAUGUACCAUAAUUCAUCUGCAGGAAACCAAAGUACUGUUACUCCACCUCCUAUGCAUCCAGCAGAUGUACAUCGAGGACCUUGCUGGGAAACAACAGUGGGAAUUGAAUUUGUGAGGCUUACUGUAUCUGAUAUACUCGUGACAUUUGUAACAAUAUUAGUGGGAGACUUCCUCCGGGCCUGCUUUGUCAGAUUCAUAAACUACUGCUGGUGCUGGGAUCUGGAGGCUGGAUUUCCUUCGUAUGCAGAGUUUGACAUUAGCGGCAAUGUGCUGGGUUUGGUCUUCAACCAGGGAAUGAUCUGGAUGGGAUCCUUUUAUGCACCAGGACUAGUGGGCAUAAAUGUGCUACGUUUAUUAACCUCCAUGUAUUUCCAGAGUUGGGCUGUUAUGAGCAGUAACGUUCCCCAUGAGCGCGUCUUCAAGGCAUCCAAAUCCAACAAUUUCUAUAUGGGACUCUUGCUGUUGAUCCUGUUCUUAAGUGUGUUGCCAGUUGCCUACACCAUCAUGUCCCUGCCUCCCUCCUUUGACUGUGGACCAUUCAGUGGAAAAAGGAAAAUGUAUGAUGUCAUCCAAGAGACCAUCACAUAUGACUUUCCACCCCUUGUAGCCAAAAUCCUUGGUUAUUUGACAAAUCCAGGACUGAUCAUGACGGCAAUUCUACUUAUGGUGCUUGCCAUAUAUUAUCUGAAUGCUGUGGCUGCAGCAUACCAACAUGCCAAUGCAGAGCUGAAGAGGAAAAUGCUAAUGCAACGUGAAGAUGAGAAAAACAAGAAGAAUAACAAAGCAUCCACCAACCCUGCAAUGCAGGAUCUAGAAGAUUUGCUUGUCCCAUGUGCAAAGUCCAUGGAAAAGUCCAAACCAGGGGAAGGUAACAACCUUGAAUCUAUCAGCAACAAAACCAGUGGAGCUGCAGGAGCAAGCAGAAACAGUAAUUCUUACACCCCUGCAAGAGGAGUCAUACCAGAUACUCCACCUUAUCUAAUAGUGACUCGCCCACCUACUCCAAGAACAGGGGAACCUGUCUCUCAUCUACCAAGACAAGGGUCUUAUCCAAGGGGGCCUCACCCUGGAAUUGGAAAGGGGAAGAUGCACUAAUAAUUUCAUAGGUGUUGGAUAGUAGCAUUUUUUUCUGUACAACUGUGACUCUGCCAGCAGGGACCCUCCAACUUUCAACUGUACAACAUUCACAUUUUACAUGCUGAACCCAGAUUUAGUCACAUGCAACUACUUAGGCAGACCUGGACUUUCUUGCCCCUUUCCUGACAGUCCCUCAGACCCUAGAAAAUUCUACAGGUCAGGAAGACUGUGGAGGGGAGAAAACCGCAUUUGUUACUAAGUAAUGAAGCUAAAUAACUUACCUUUACACGUGUUGCACCUACUGUGUUCUUCACAUGACAUUUGGACUUACAAGAAAUGAUGUUUUAUUCACCUUUGCAUCAUCUCUUUAAUGUCCUAGUUGGAGCAUGCAUAAUACUCAAGUCUUCAGGAACACUGAGUGGGGAAUGAAGAAAGGUGUGUUCAAGGACACACAGUAUCGACAGCUGAUGUAGUGGUCAGUGUCAGAGCAAGACUCAGGAGACUUGGGUUCAAAUCCCUACUUGGCUAUGGAAAACCAUUGUGGGGUGGCAGUGGGAAACCACUCCUUGAACAUCUUUUUACCUUAAAACCCAUUAAGGUUGUUGUAAAUUGGAAGAGCCUUGAUAAUAGCACCAAGCACUAACAUGACAAUUGUGAAAGAUGGGGCAAUGCUGACCUAAUUUUAGGUGGAGAUUGUUAUCUUGUACUUGAAUGUGGGGAUACUGAACUAUAGAAAACCCCAACUGGAAAGCUAGCUACAUUUCAUGUCUCAUUAAAUGCAACGUAAUGUACUUUAUUAGCGACAGGUGAGAAAUGUUCUUAUUACACAAGACCAACUAAUUUUUCAUAAGCGUACAUUCAAAUUCCCUAGAACUCUGUAUCAAGCCAAGCAAUAAGAGCAUAAUGAAAAGGCUCUAGUAAUCAAAUUCUUGUAUACUCUUGUGGAAUGUUAGAUCGUUCUAUUAUGUUAUUUCCCUGCCAUGUGGAGUUGGGAUGCUGUUUUCUUCUAAGUGACUGACUCAGCUACCUUUGGGGAUUUAUUGUUGCAUGAAAAAACCCACAUCCAUAUUCUGCAAAGUCAUGUUAUAUAACUCAUGUCAAGUAAUGUUGAUACGAAGUUAAAAAUAUAAAUUUAUACAAAAUUAGGUUUUGAUAGUUAUAAACUAUGUUUCAUUAUAAUGAAUUCAUUCUAUUUAUCAUUUUUUAAAAGGAUUUGCAUAUUAAUCCUCCUGGGUCAGGUGCAUUAUGUACUUAUGACCUUGCCAGAAAUAAACCCUCAAGCCGAAACAAA